CUGGUAUCUCAGUUAGCGGCGGCGGAGCGCACAGUCCGAGCGCGUGAACCUCUGCGCCUGUCUCGACCAGCUGACCAGCUGCAACAGGACUUCCAGCGGUUCACGGAGCUUAGAGACGAGCUGGCGCGAGCUGAACCCAGGGUACUGGCGCUUAGAGACGCCGCGCAGCUGCUCAAGGACGACGGGGAAGACGUCUGCCGCAGGUUGAAUGAGCUUCGCCUCCGUCUAAAAUCCCUCCGCAAGUUGUCCGGAGUGUACGCCUUGAAGCUGGGCGCAGCCCUAGCCAGGGCUCCGGGGGGCGCGCCACACACACACGUCAUUAUGGCCGCAGCAGCCUCCUCAUCAGCUCAGCUGCUGGAGGAGCCGGAGCCCGCGCUGCCGCUGGAUGACGGGGUUGUCCCUAGCUCGGAGCAUGAAGCGGCGGCCCUGGGUGGCGUGCGUCGCGGGCUGCGGUUCGUGCUGCGCGUGGCGCGUGCUUCACUGCCGUUCCAGGCGCUGCUGCUGCUGCUGCUGGGUGCUGCUGCCCUCGCGCCGCUGUCCCCCUCCGACUGCCGCGCGGGGCCCUCACUCUCGCCCGUGCUGCGUUUCCCGCACGGACCUCCCCCUAUGUAG